ACCGGACGAAGAGCCUCGCUUGACCCAGUCUCGCCUCGGCCUUGGUACCAGCCCCGGCCCGGUGAGGCGAUGGCCAAGGUGUCGGUGUUAAACGUGGCGGUGCUGGAGAACCCGAGCCCAUUCCACAGCCCCUUCCGGUUCGAGAUCAGCUUCGAAUGCAAUGAGGCCUUGGAGGACGACCUGGAGUGGAAGAUCAUCUACGUGGGCUCCGCCGAGAGUGAGGAGUUUGAUCAAGUCCUAGACUCAGUGCUGGUUGGCCCUGUCCCAGCAGGGAGGCACAUGUUUGUUUUUCAGGCUGAUGCUCCCAACCCGUCCCUCAUCCCAGAGACUGAUGCUGUGGGUGUGACUGUGGUCCUCAUCACCUGCACCUACCACGGACAGGAGUUCAUCCGAGUGGGCUACUACGUGAACAACGAGUACCCUAGCCCCGAGCUACGUGAGAACCCACCCCAAAAGCCAGACUUCUCUCAGCUCCAGCGUAAUAUCUUGGCAUCCAACCCUCGAGUGACCCGCUUCCACAUCAACUGGGACAACAGUGCUGAUGAUCAGCUGGAGGCUAUGGACAGCCAAGACCUUUCCCUGAGUGGGGGCCUCCCCUUUGGCUGCACACCUCUCAAGGGUCUGGGCCUCCCGGGCUGCAUCCCCAGCCUUCUCCCCGAGAACUCUAUGGACUGCAUCUAACGGAGCUCAAGCCCUGUGGGAGCUCUGCUAGCAGAGACAGUCUCCGCCUGGCACAUCUGGAGCGAGCACGUGGGCCAUCUGGGGGACUUUGGGGCUGUCACCUACACCGAACCAGUCAGAUUUGGGCCCGUGGAAAGGACAGACCCCAUCUUGCCCAGCCCUGGCCCAGGAGGUGCAUCUCAAAUCUCCACGACCUGUAAGAAGUAGGUCCUCAGUUCUUUCUAACAUGCCCUUUCUCCCUCCCUUCUACCUGCACCGUAAACUCCCCUGGAGGCCAUGGUGCUCCCUGAGUGUUACUGACCCGAAGCUGCUCCCUCCAGCCCUCCCCUGCCAAUGGCUGGCGAGGCUCUAGCCCUGUCACUCCUUUCCAAACAUCUGGAGGGAGCCACAGGCAAAGAAUCCUAGUCAGUACGUACACUCGGAUACAGUGUCCUCCCAGGAGGAUUUUGAGCUCUUUUCAACCCAGUAGCCCCUGAAAAAUGCUGCCCCCAGAGGUGUGACUAGCAGGUGUCACUCAGUCACCCCAGCUGGGCCUACCCUUCCCUAGUGUUCAGUGGUAGAGGCUUGGUAUGUUGGGGAGGGUCUACUGUCCUCUGGCUAUCAAGGGGGUCGGCACCAAGGCCCUUCCACCCAUGGCAGCCUUGCUCUGCCCGCUUGUCAAGACCACGUGUGCUCAAGGGCCGGCCACAGCAUGGGCACAGGAAGCUGGAAGUUGCCGGGAGCCUGAAAACCUUCCCUCCCACCUCCUUGCUGCUAUGUGAAUGCUGUUGUGAUUGCAAUUUGUAUAUUAUAGGGGUUUUAUAUUAAACAUGUUUGGUUGCUGUAAAAAAUAAAAGCACUUCAUUGAGA